GCAUUAUUUAGUAAAGCAUUCAAUAAGUCGCUAAAUAUUCACAAGUGAAGAUGUUUCUGUCGUACAAAUUUGUUACGUUAUUUAUUUUUUUCCAGAUGGUGAGAGGAGAGGAGAAUAUAGUUGGACAAAGAAACGUAGUGCUAAAGCCCAUGGUUAGUGAAGAGUGCCGUAAAAGAGGAAUAUGCGCGGAGGUUGAAAACUAUCCAACUGAAUUAGCAAAACGACUAAUUAGAGAGCUCAGGGAUAGCGGCGCCAUAUUUUCUAAUAUUGAAGAGGCGAAGGAAGACACCUUUCUUACCGACGAGUACCCUAAAAUUACUUUUAGAAUGGACAAGGAUGAAUACGAUGAAGCUGAAAAGCCGGAAGAAACGCCACUCUGUGACUCUACAAGAGCAAUUGAACACCCAACAUAUGCUGAAAAUAAAAACAGUACAUGGCAUUACAUAUUAAAUGACGUUGAAAAGCCGAUUCAAACAUUCUCAGUCGAUCGAUGCAAUUCAGAAAAUUCACCAUGCUCAGAAAAAAUUAAAUUUAUGUCAAACUAUGAGAGUGUGUGCUUCCAGCGAUGGAAUUUAAAGGAAAUGUACUACAUUGAUAAAAAUGAAAAAACUAGUAUAGACUACUUUAAGGUUCCCACUUGUUGCUCCUGUAAAUUACGUCAUAUAAAUAAUUAAAUUAUAAAGUAUUAUUUAUUCUAAUUUAUUUUAGCUAAGUCCAGCCGAGGACAUUUAGAGUAAAUAAAGAAAAUCUGACACAUGA